CCUUUUGAUACUGGUGUUUGGCGCAGCGGCGCGAAUUGACAAUGGCAGAGGAGAGGCGCGAUUCAUUCCAUGGAUCACCCCAGGAAGAAUUUCACCCCAGCGGCCGCAUUCGCGGCGUUUGGAUUCGCGUGCGUCUCGCUAGGGCUUUAUGUCGCGCUGCUUCCUCCGGAAUAUCUCGAUCGCGGCUCUCUCCCUGCGGGAUUGUGGGCGAGAGCUCCGGAUCUCUCUUCCGCGGAGAUCCUCUUGCGGCGGGUUGCUGAGAAUGGGACGCAGGGAUGCCACAACGUAUCCACCGCAGCUGCUGUCUUGUUUGGGAUUCCUCGAGCGGAGGAUGGAGGCGAGAUUACGCUGGCCGCGGAUGAAGUUCACAAGUUCUGGAUCGUUUCGUAUGCUGCCGAUGGAUCCAGGCGAUGCUCGGGGGGAGAUUUCUACGAGACCGACAUCUCAGGUCCGACUUGGAAAUCACGUCCACCGGUGACGGACUUGGGAGACGGCGCCUACCUGGUGGAACUCAAAGUCAAUGGCGACUUCGCUAGAAGCUACAACUUCACGGUCAGUCUUGUCUACACGAACUUCCACGGGCUGGAUCACGUCCCGAAUAAGUGGGCCUUCAAGAAAGAGAUGUUCCGCCUGCUCAUCAACUUCACGGCCGGGAGUCGUCGGCGUAAACACCAGCUCCACACUUGCGCCGCCAGCGACUUAAGAUCGACGACUUCACCACCAUCCCAAUGGCAGGGAAGAUGGUCCAGGACCAAAUUCAACAGCUCAUGUCAGCUAGACAAGAACGGCCGCUACCUUUGCUUGGAUCCAGCCGAGCAGUGCGACGAGAGCCAGUGCUCCGGAGCCAUCAACAGCCUGGAGAGCAACGGCUGGGUCUACUCCGCGCACUGCAAGUUUCGGAUCUGGAACUCUGCUGAGGCCUGGCAGUGUCUCGACGGGAAGAAGCUCUUCUUUUGGGGGGACUCGAAUCACCAAGACACCGUCCGGAACCUCCUCAACUUCGUCCUGGGACACCAGCUGAAAUUCGUGGAUAGGAUCUUCGUCGCCAACUUCACCAAUCCAGCAAACCCGUCGCAGGUGGUCCGGCUGGCCUCGAUUUUCAACGGGCACCCGGAUCCACAUCACAACUUCCUGGGCCUGGGAUCGUUGUAUGUUCCUCAGUACCGCGAUUUCGUCCAGUCAGUAGUCCGCCAGGGUGGUAUGCCGGACGCAGUGAUCCUCAACUCGGGCAUCCACGACGGCAUGAACUGGAAGACAAUGGCGGAGUUCCUCGAGGCUGCCAGGAACGCGUCCGUGUUUUGGAAGGAUUUGCUCGGGGACGAGAGCAAAGCUCGGGUGGUGUUUCGCUCCACGGUUGCUACCGGCCUCGGGUUUAGAGAUCUGGGGUCCAAUCCACACAAGAUGGAAGCUUUCAAUUCCAUCCUGGGCGAGGAGCUCGCCAAGGAGCUCGGGGGCUUGGAGCACUUCAUGUUCGUGGACGACUAUGAUAUCACUUUCCCGUGGCACUAUGAUUUCUGCUGUAGCGAUGGCGCUCACUUUGGACAGCCACCGGCCUUGAAGAAUUGGUUUGAUCGAAUUGGACACUUUUACUUUGUGGAUCUAAUGCUUGUGCAUAUACUGCUCACUGCUAUUUGCUCGUAAAACUAUGGUCAUCUUUCACUAAAAGGUUCAUAGAUAACACUUUUAAGA